AUGGACAAAAGCACCGAUGUUUCUGAGUUGUCCAUACUACUUGUUUUUGCCAGAUAUACUCAUGAGAAAACCAUUCAAGAAGGGUUGCUUAUUUAUGAAAGUUUGAAAAAGCAUACCAUAGGAGAGGAAAUUUUUGAAGUUUUAAAUAAGUACUUAGUGAAAAAAAAUAUCAUGGCAAAAAUGUGUGGACGUAUGCACGGAUGGUGCUGCUGCAAUGGUUGGGAAGAUAAAAGGUCAACCAAGAAACUUUCGCCAAAUCUUAAAUCAGCACUAGACGUAGCUGUUCAGUGUGUGAACUUUAUAAAAUCACGCCCCUUAAAAACAAGGCUGUUCAAGAAACUCUGUGAGGAAAUGGGGAGUGACCAUCAGAAUCUUCUUUUACACACAGAAAUCAGGUGGUUGUCCAGAGGUAAAGUUUUAACAAGACUUUUUGAAUUGCGAGAUAAAGUAAAAAUUUUUCUGAAGGAGCAUACGAAAACAAAUCUUUUUGAGUGGUUUCAUGAUGAGAAUUGGCUGAUAAAGUUAGCUUACCUCUCUGAUAUUUUCAACAAGUUAAACGAAACAAACUUGGGUUUACAAGGAAAAGAAACUUCAAUCUUUCGAGCCAAUGACAAGAUUAAAGCUCUCAUUGGCAAGUUGGAUUUUUGGGUCGAAUGUAGCUCAGUGACACCGAUAAAUGCAGAAGAAAUAAAAGACCAUUUAAUCAAUUUAAAAUCCGGAUUAAUUUUCUACAUUCCAAGAAUAAACGAAGAUUCUGAUAAUUUGUGGGUAAAAAAUCCAUUUUUAAUUCAGAAAAAGCCAAAAGAACUAACAUCCAUUCAAUACGAAAGUUUGCUUGAAGUAAAAUCUUCAUCUGAAUUGAAAAUCAAGUUCAAGUCACUUAAAAUUGAGGAGUUCUGA